ACAGCGGGACCGGGACAGCCGGACCGGGCCGGGCCAUGGCCCCGCACCCGCCCAGCGCCGGGCACUACCUGCGCUCCGACAGCGGCGGCUCGGAGGCGCCCAUGCUGGCGGAGGGUCCCGGUCCCGGCCCCGCUCCCGGUCCGGACGGCGGCCCCGGGGUGGUGCGGGGGCAGCGGCGGCGGCGGUGCGGUCCCCUGUGGGGCAGCGUGGCUAUCAUGGCCAUCCUGGCAGUGCAGAUCGCCUCCACCACCGGCCUGUUCGUCUACUUCACCAUGGCCAUCUCCAAGCUGAAAUCCCAGGCUCCGGGGAGUGCAGAAGAGCUGCGGUGUCUGCAGAUGCUCAAUCAGCAGCCCGAGGGCUCCAGCCUGGAGGAGCUGAGCAGCAGCCAGACCUGCCUCAAGCUGGCCAGCACCAUCAAAGCCUACGUGGCCACGGUGACAGAGAACAUCCUCCGCAGGAGCACGGUGAAGGAGGCCCGACGGAGCUACUUCAACACCUCAGAGGGGCAGGUUCCUCCUAAAACAGCCGGGAAGCCCUCGGCACAUCUCACCCUCCGCCAACAGAGCCUGACCCAGGAUGGAAUCUCGGAGCGCUUCGGGAACCUGUCGCAGUCGUGCCGCCACGCCAUCACCCGCUGGGAGCACAGCACCCUGCACUCCCACCUGCAGAACAUCACCUACCGCGCCGGGCGGCUCCGUGUCGAGCAGCCGGGCAAGUACUACGUGUACUCCCAGAUCUAUUUCCGCUACCGCAGCGCCGGCGCCCAGGACUCGGGCCCGCAGCUCGUGCAGUGCAUCCAGUGGCAGCCACCCCACAGCCAGCCCAUCCUGCUGCUCAAGGGCGUGGGCACCAAGUGCUGGGCGCCCGAGGCGGACUAUGGGCUGCACGCGCUCUACCAGGGCGGACUGUUCGAGCUCAAGGCCGGCGACGAGCUCUUCGUCUCCGUGUCCUCCUUGGCCAUCGACUACAACGACGCGGCUGCCAGUUACUUCGGGGCCUUCCGGCUCGACCUCUGACACCCCCUCUGCUCCCACCUGCCCGCUGAUGCUCCCACGUGGCCCCGGGACGGCGGCCCAAUGGCCAGGGGGUGGCACAGGGCCCUUCCCAGUGUGUCUUGUCCUUUGCGGUGAGGGACAAACCAAAGAGGGCAUGAGGAGCGGCUGCCCGCAGGGACCUGCUAUGCUUGGGGCCACCAUCCAGGUGGAGAGCCUGGAAGGGUUCCCAAGGACCUACAGGGGACAUCCACGAUGGGAGACAUCCCAGCCCUGGUGGAACAUCACCUCCCAGUGGCUCCCUGCAGCAGGAAGGGCACCAGGGCCACACCCGCCAUGGCAAGACACAGUGUCCCCGUGAUGGGGUGACCCUCCAUGAGUCUGACCCCACCUCGGGCAGGGGCAGCCCCAGCUGGGCUGUGGGUGCCAGGGACCCUGGGCUGGAGGUGCUGGGGCAGCAGCUGGGGUGAGCAGGGAGCAGCAGCAGCACAGGGGGCACAGGGCUGGCACCCCCAGGCCACUGCCUGCGGGGACGGGGCAGGUCUGGUGUCAGCCUCUGGAAAAGGAGUGAACGAGUUUCGGUUUGGGCAGAUCAGAAACCUGGGGCCACGCCAGUGAUGGGCUCGAGAGAGGGCAAAGAGCAGGACGGCGACGUCGGAGCAGUCGCCAGCCCCGGCACCGCACCCGGCACGUGGCACUGGGGAGUGUGGUGCCCCAGCCAGGCUGCACAGGACCAGGAGCUCUCCAUCACUGCUGCCCAAGCACCUCUUCCCUUGGGGAUUUUGUCCCCCCCAGCCCUGAGGGACCAGCGCAGCCCCCGCUUCCUCACCCCUCCAGCCCUGGCAGUCCCUCACCUGCAGGAUUCCAGCACCAGGUGAGCCCGGAGGUCAUGGCAGGACCUUGGAGGGACCAAACCCACCCCAGGUGAUGGAGGCCACCUCAGAGGCCAAAGAGGGGUUCGGGCAGGGCCCAGCCCAAGGCCCAGCCAGACCCCAAAGUGCCACAGUGCGUCCCCACCACGCCAUGGCCGGGCAGGGGCUGCUCCUGGCUCCUGCCAUUGCUCCCACAGCUUUCCAGGCCUGACCCCCCACCCUCUGCAUCCUUGGCUGGGCCUGGGGGGCUCAGCCAGGUGGUUCCCACAUCCCUCCACACCCCCAGGUGUUGGGCAUUCCCACUCACCAGCCCCCAUCUCCUGCAAGUUCCUGCUCCAGGGGGACUGAUACAACCCUCCCAGGGGCACGGUGCCAGCCUGGCACCCAGAGCCUCCAAAAUCUCAUCCAAAGCCAGAGAGCACUGAGAGCAUCCUCUUGCUGCCUCCAAAGGGGUCACAGGGCUGAUCCCCCCAUGGCAGGGCUGCAGGGUCCCAUAUCCCCAGUCACCAUGGGGGGAGGGAGGGACAGAGGGGUGGAGGGAUAGAGGGAGCUGAGCUGAGCCUCAGCUCUGCAGCACUUGGCCCUGGAGCACGUUGGGCUCUUGCCCAAAGCAAACAAAACCCGAAAGCGCAUUCCAAACCCCUCCAUUCCAAAACCACGUUGAAAAUGAUCCCUUUCCCUCCACCUCUCAUCCCACCUCCUCCUGUCCCAGCCCCCUUGGUGACCCCAAACAGGAGUGGGGCUUCCAGGGCUCUUGACAUCCCCACCAGUCCCAAACUCCCCCCUUGGUGAGCACUGAGCUCAUCCCGGCUCCGCAUCCUGGCUCCUCUGGCAGCAGCCAUGGGAGCUCAGGGCUGAACCAGCCAAGCCAGGGCUGCAGGAAAUGCAGCAGGUGGUUCCAAGAUUUCCUUUGAAGGGGGGUUUAAAGUGGACAUGGCCCGAUGGAGCCAGCAGGAGGUUGUGUUUGCCGGGAAGGAAGCAGGGAAAGCAGCCCCGCGUGCGUGAGCGGGGAGAGCCGGGCCCGGCGCCAGCGGGCCAUGGGCCACUCCGCUUUCCUGGAAAGGAGAGGGCUCGUGGGUGGAUGGAUCAGGGAAGGAGAACUCCACCAGCGUCAGGGCAAAGAGCAGCCUCACCCUGUCUGGGGAGAGAUGAGUGGUACGAAGAGAGACGGGAUGGAAUUCCUCUCUGUGAGGGCGGUGAGGCACUGGCACGGGAUGCCCAGAGCAGCCUCAGCCCCCCCUCUGCCCCUUCCGUAGUGCUCCCAGCAGAUGGGCUCAGCCUGGCCAGGGACAUGCAGCCUGGCUGACUGUUCCCACCUGGACAACACGUGGAUUGGUGGCAGCAGAAAAACCCAGCCUCCAGCAAAACCUCCCUGCACCAACGCUGCCUGCCCCAGGACGUGCUCCAGGGAAGAGAGAAGAACAAAGUGUGGAGAGACCUGGGUGAGGAUGCAACACUUUUCUCCAGCUGAGGAAGCAAAUAAACCAAAA